ACUUUUGAGCAAAACUAAUCAAAGGUUGUUUUUUAACCAAAACCCGAUUUCUUUGCUUCCUUAACUUUACCGCCAAAUUCCAAAAACAAUUGAAAAUAGACCAAAAAACAAAUAUUUCCAUGUUCCCGGCUUCUCUUCCCACCAGCUCCAAAACCCUCUCUUUUUUCCAUUCAAAUCUGAAAUCCCUUUAACCUCCAAAAACAAAAUCCAGACACUAUAGCAAACCAUCCAAAAACAAUCUCAAUCUUCUCUUCACAAAACCACUAAACAAUGGAUACCAGAUUCCAAGUCUUACCUCCUGUCAAAAGAUUUAGGCUUUUGCAACAACAAGAAGAAGAGUUCAAUAACUCUAAAGCUAACCGCUUUUGCCUCCCGGCGAAGAAAAGGAAGGAGUCCAGGGUUCCUCCGGUAGGUGAAACUACUGCAUGUUGCUUGCCAGCCAAGAAGAGAAUAUGGGCUUGGCAACCUGAUUUUGUUUCUGGUAAGCCUCUUUUCCCUUUUGAUUUGAAUGUUGAGUAUGAGACGGAAGUAGAGACGGUGGAAAACAAGAAAAACCCCAUUUCUGAAAGUCCCCAAAAAUGUAUUUUUGAUUCUAAAAAAGAGAUUUUGGAGAAAAGCGAAAAAAUCCCACUUGACAAAGAUCCCAAAAAAUGCAUCAGAGCUAGGCAAGAAGAGAAUAAAGAAAAUGAAAUCCAACUUGUAGAGGAAAGCAAGAAAAACCCAAUUGCUAAAAGUCCCAAAAAAUGCAUUUUUGAUGUUAAAAAGGAUAAAUUGAAGCAAAACAAGCUAACCCUACUUGAAACAAGUUCCCAAAAAAGCAUCAAAAUUAGCCAAGAAGAAAGAGAAGAAGAAAUCCUACGUUUCAAGGAGGCUAGCAAAGAAGAGGAGGAAGAUGGGAUUUUGUGCGAUAUUUGUAAAAGUACGGAUGGUGAUCCAACAGAUCCAAUAGUAUUUUGCGAUGGGUGUGACUUAAUGGUACAUUCCACAUGUUAUGGAAAUCCACUGAUAAAAGAAAUCCCCGAAGGUGAUUGGUUUUGCAAUCUUUGCUUAGCUUUCAAAUCAGAGAAAACUAACAAGGAUAAGCAUUUUGCUUGUUGUUUAUGUCCAACCAAAGGAGGUGCAAUGAAGCCCACAAAUGUCGAUGGUAAGUGGGCUCAUUUGGUUUGUGCUGUUUUGGUUCCCGAAGUGUUUUUUGAGGAUCCUGAAGGGAGAGAAAGGAUUAAUUGUUCUAAGGUUCCUGAGAAGAGAUGGAAAGGGAAAUGUUAUGUUUGUAAUGGUAGGAGUGGGUGUUUUAUCGAGUGUUCGGAGCCUAAAUGUGGGUUGGAGUUUCAUGUCACUUGUGGUUUGAAUGAGGAUCUUUGCUUUGAAUAUAAAGAAGGAAAGAAGGGUGCUGUUGUUGCUGGAUUUUGCAAAUGCCACACUGCAUUGUGGAAAAAGCAACAACAGACAGGAAAGUUCAAGAUUGUAGCUAGAGAUGAGCACAAGAAGUAAUCAAAUAGUGGGCCAACUUGUUUAAACUUGGAGAUACUACUUUCACUUUUAUUUUGGUAGUUGUAGAUUUCAGAUGUGGUUUUGUAAUUUUGCUGGUGAUUUCAUUGGAUCAUACAUUUGAUAAUUUAGGGCCUUUUCUUCACUGGAAUUGAUGUUUUUGACUUGUGCUGUAGUUAAUUACUUAAUUUCAUAAACAGUCCAUUGUUGAGUAGCUCAAGAAACAUUGUUUCAAUCUCCUACUAACUUGAAUCUGUGAUGAACUUGAAAUAAAUUUCUACUUGGUUUUUCCACUUUCAGAUAUUGGUUGCUAGCCCUUUUCUCAUAUUUCUUGCAUAUUCAGAAAAGUUGGUUCCUGUUUAAAUUUUACAGCUUGUUUAGAGGAAAAUUUUCUUGGUAGUACAAUGCCAAAUG